GCAGGCUGUCAGGAUGGGAUGUAGCAGAAGCAGCAGCAGCCACUCCUGAUUUAGGGGCCAAAGAUGAAGAUAAAAUAAUUACCCAACUGAUUCAAAACACAAGAGAAAUUCAGAGGGUCAAGGAUGGAACUGUGGGUUCCCCAGCAGCCUUCUCAGCCACAUGGGAGGCCCACGACACCAUCUAAGGGUCCAGACCGUGACCUUCAGAAAGAUGGCUACCGCCGGCCUGCUCCUCAAUCUUGGCACACUGAAGAGAGGUUCCAUCAAUUUCAAGACACCCGUGGGAGCUCACAGCCCCAGCAGGACCCUCGGGCAGAUCACCAACAGCCUCAUUAUGCAUUGAGAUCUGGGGAAUGGCCUCCGUCUGUGUCUGGGUUUGGUUAUUAUGAAGGUGGUUAUCCUGGUCAGUUGUAUGCAAGGCCAGGCAUUGAGGAUCCAUAUCAGAGCUAUUACUCUUCAACCCUAAGGAAAGACUAUGCUUACAGAGGUUAUUACUAUCACGGACACCCACAGCAGCUACAGGAUGAAAGAGUGCCAAGGCAAGGGAGUCCUUAUACCUGGCACGAAGCUUAUCGAGACCAAAAGUACCUAAGUGACCAGCAUCAUGAAAAACAGAGCAGUCCUUCUGGAACAAACAGUGAAACCCAGCCCCAAUCUAAGAGUCGGAACCCUUAUAAAGACAGUCCUGCUUCUCACUCUGGACAGGAGAAGCCUGGGGACCUGUUUCCUGAGAAUCUGAAAACUGGGGCCCAAAAGAAGCUAUCGAUGACCAGGGAGUCCAACCUCCUUCAGCAGCAGGAGUCUGGUCUCAGCUCCAGCAGUUAUGAGCUUAGUCAGUACAUGGCAGAUGCCACAGAGCCACCUGGGCCCAUGACUUCAACAGCUUGGAGUCCAAUUCAGGCUGAGGAUGUCUCCACAGGAGGUCCCAAGACACCCAUGAAGUUCUACAUCCCUCAUGUGCCUGUGAGUUUUGGCCCAGGUGGUCAGCUAGUACGUGUGGGUCCCAGCUCUCCCAGAGAUGGACAAACAGCCCUUGUUGAACUGCACAGCAUGGAGGUUAUUCUUAAUGACUCUGAGGAACAAGAAGAAAUGAGGGCCUUCUCAGGACCCUUAAUCAGGGAGGAUGUACACAAGGUGGAUAUCAUGACCUUUUGCCAGCAGAAAGCAGCUCAGAGCCGCAAAUCUGGGACACCGAGGAGCAAAGACUCGGCCUUACUGUGGCAACUGUUGGUUCUCCUUUGUCGGCAGAAUGGGUCUAUGGUGGGGUCAGACAUUGCGGAGCUGCUGAUGCAAGACUGCCAGAAGCUGCAGAAGUACAAGAGGCAGACCCCGGUGGCGAACCUCAUCAACCUGACCGAUGAGGACUGGCCGUUGAUGAGCUCCGGGACCCCAAACCUGCUCACUGGGGAGAUCCCCCCCAGCGUGGAGACGCCUGCUCAGAUAGUGGAGAAAUUCACCAAACUGCUCUACUUUGGAAGAAAGAAGGAAGCCUUGGAGUGGGCCAUGAAGAACCAUUUGUGGGGCCAUGCUUUGUUCCUAUCCAGCAAGAUGGACCCAAGGACCUAUAACUGGGUGAUGAGUGGCUUCACCAGCACACUGGCCCUCAACGACCCCCUGCAGACUCUCUUCCAGCUCAUGUCCGGGAGGAUCCCACAGGCAGCCACGUGUUGUGGGGACAAACAGUGGGGAGACUGGAGGCCUCACUUGGCCGUGAUUCUGUCAAACCAGGGUGGUGACUCGGAGCUGCAUCAGCGCGCCAUUGUCACCAUGGGGGACACGCUGGCUGGGAAGGGGCUGGUGGAAGCUGCUCACUUCUGCUACCUCAUGGCUCACGUGCCCUUCAGCUACUACACGGUGAAGACAGACCAUCUGGCCUUGGUGGGCAGCAGCCACAGUCAAGAGUUUUUGACAUUUGCAACCACGGAGGCAAUCCAGAGGACGGAGAUCUUCGAGUAUUGUCAGAUGCUGGGCCGCCCCAAAUCCUUCAUCCCUUCUUUCCAGGUGUAUAAACUCCUUUAUGCUUCACGGCUGGCAGAUUACGGCCUGGCAUCCCAGGCCCUGCAUUACUGUGAAGCCAUUGGCACAGCCCUCCUUAGCCAGGAAGAGAGCAGUCACCCUGUGCUAUUAGUGGAACUCAUCAAGCUAGCAGAGAAACUGAAGUUGUCAGAUCCUUUGCUGCUAGAACGCCGCCGUGGGGACAGGGACCAGGAGCCAGACUGGCUGGUGAGCCUUAGGAGUCGCCAGGAGGCCCUCCAGCAAAAAGUAUCAGCAGACACUGGGGAUCCUCAUUCUGUUCACUCAAGAGCCAGAAGAGCCACAGCCGGCAUCCACACUGAUGAACCAAAAAACACCUUCUAUCAGGAUCUGUCAGGACAACAAGGUGAUUCAGAAGCCCUUGGUGACCGCUCAGCCCUGUGGCCAACAUCAGAACCGACAGUCCCAGCCCAGCCCGCCCCACAGCAGUCCUUUCCACUCCUGCCGGGCUCCUACCCAUAUGGAGGAGGUGCAGGACAGACUGGGGUCCCGGUGCCUCUUUACUCAGUUCCCCUGACCCAUCAGCCCGGGACUGGGAGUGGAGGCAGUGUGGCAGUGACAGGGGCUCCUGGAGGAAGCACCUGGGAGGAAAACCAGCAGAUGUAUCCAACCCCUGGAGAGAAUACGGUGUCUCAAGAAAACUUCCAGCAUUCCAGUGGUCCAAAGGUCAUGCCCCAGCCUCAGGUGCCCCUGAUUCCUGGAGCAGGAAAUGUUGCUGAGAGUUCUAAGGAGCAGGAUGGGGAUGAAUCCUCUGAUGAAACAGAUAAAAAGGCUUCCCAAAGUGCUGCGCAGAGAGAGAAGCAAGGAGACUUGAAGGAGAACACAAAGAGCUCAGGGUUUGGCUGGUUCAGCUGGUUUCGCUCGAAGCCCAGCAACGCAUCCCCCUCUGAGGAUGAAGACUCAUCUGACAGUCCUGACUCUGAGCAGACCUCCAGAGCACCAUCUCCCACUAAGGCUGGCCCUGGUCCCUCACUGACACCUUUCCCAGAGUCCCAGCCUCUGCCAGGUGGGGGUGAAGUCCUAGGAUCGGUGUCCAGUGGGGGAGCAGCUGAGAGUACUGAAAGUGGAGGCUUGUCCGGGCCUGAGGGUGUUUCUUCAGAGACCUACUUCAAUCCUGGUUCUCUGCUGCCUCCCCCCACCUUCAAAGGGUCUGUUCCUCUUUACAACCCAUCUCAGGUCGCUCAGCUCUCCAUGACCACUGGCCUGAACCGGCCCAAUCGCCUAGCUCAGCGUCGCUAUCCAACCCAGCCUUGAUGAGACGACCCACCCCAGGCGGGUUUCUCUGGGGUACAACUUUUAUGUGUUCUUCCUUCUGAACCCCCCCAUCCCUCUGUCAUAGAAGGGUUAUCAAGAUGACUGUGCCAGUCUAUUGCCUACACUGGGCAUUUAGAAGGCAAGGGGACUGAGACUCCUAGGGCACAACACAGUCUAACUCUCAAGAUGUAGCUUCAGAUCCAUGGAAAUGGCUUCCACAGAUGGGAAAGCUGGUAUCAAAGACUGGAGGUGAGCAGAAUGCUGUGCCAGCAGUAUUGAGGGUGGAGGCUUCACACCCUCAGGACAGUCAGGGCCUAUGAACACCACUGCCCAGGUCAACAAAGACAGCCCUGGGCUCUGCAGCAAAAAAUUAUUGAGGACCAUAUUCUGGACCGUCUCUGACUCUUGCUCUGUCUUAGUUACAGACCAAUUAACAGCUCUAGUUAGCCAAGUCUUUAUACUGAAACUUGAUUAUUGUUUCCUAUCAUAAUUCCCUUUUCAGUGACAUUUUCAGCAGUUUCUCUCUUGGUCCUCGUUUUUGGCCCAUUAAAAAAAUGUGGUUCAGAUUAAUUAUAUUUCUCUCACUUUCUUAGCUGGUCCUAUUUUUUCACAUUCUGGCAUCUGGCUAUCAAGUUAGAUUGCUGUAGGCAUCAUAUUGUCAUGGUAACUACUCAACCUAAUGAUGCAGAUGGAUGGAACAUCAGUAUAAUAAAUGAUGGGAAAUGUUUCCUAAAAAUUCAUUUCUUCCAUAAGAGAGGGGGAAUGAGAACCUGAUAUUGUUAAUAACGCCCUUCUUGCUUCAAGCCUUUGCAAAUUGAUGUUCGGAGGGUCACUGGAGCCAGAAGGAGGAGGGAGACAUCUUGAAAAUUUCCAUUUCUCCUUUCAAACCCAAAAUAGGAAAGACUCUUGCUGUUUGUCAGACUUGCUGGAAAUUGCUCCUCACAAAGAACAUUUUUUUUGUAUGUGUAAUUGUACAUACAGGUUUCGUAUACUCUAAUGUCCCAUGGUUCUGAUGUUGAUAGCAAUUAAACCAGAUAAUUU